AUGAAAUAAAAAGCACUUUAAAUAUCUCCUAAUAAAUUGUAUGCUAGUUUAUUAAAAAAAAAAAAUGAAAUUGAGUAAUAGCAAAAAAUUGUUAAAUCUCCUAAUAUCUAAGGGAGCCCCUUUAUUAAUACACAAAAAAAUAGCAGUUCUGGUUAAGGGAAAAUAGAUUCGAAAAAACAAAGGCCAACAAGUGGGAAAGAUAUGAAAGAUAUUAGCACAGUUUUAUUAAAAAAAACACAUGUACGUUAAAAUAGUAAAAUUAUUGAAACAAAAGAGAAUUCGUAAAAUCUAACCUAAUCAGCAUUAUAACUACUGUAAAAAAUAAAGGCUGAUAGACCCGAGAGCAAAAUAGGAUAAAUACAAACCUCUAAAGAAAUAUUACAAUAUCAUUAGCAAUUAAUUUAAAAAUAAUAUUAAAAACUGCUUGACUUAUCCAAAUAAGCUGAGCACCACUAGUUAUCAUAACAAUAGCAAUUGAAAUAGAAACUCUUUAAAGGGCCUCGCUCUAUUAGUAAUCCAGAUAUCACUACUCUCUAAUUGGCCAUUUUAAAAGCCCAUGCCAAAUCAAUUCCAGGCAUGCUUUACACAGGAUAAACUAAAAUUAACCAGGACUCCUAUAAACUAAUUUAAAAGUUUGGAACCAAGGAAAAUGAUUGGUAUCUUUAGGUAUCCGACGGUCAUGGGACAAACGGACAUUAAGUUGCAUAAUUUGUUCAAGAGAUUUUACCAGCAUAUAUUGAAUAAGAAGUAUUGUAAUCUCCAUAUUAUUAUGACAGAGAUAAAACAAUAACCAAUAUUUUUAAAGAAAGUUUCCUAAAAACGAACGAAGAUCUACUGAAUUCUGGCAUUGAUGUCACCUAUUCCGGAGCCACCACCGUUGUAGUCAUAGCAUUUGAGAACAUCCUCUAUUGUGCUAAUAUUGGAGACAGCAGAGCUAUAAUAGGAAGAUACGAUACAAAAUUAUCUGUAGUUGAAUUAUCAAAAGAUCACAAGCCUGAUUGUUUUUUAGAAUAAGCUCGAAUAAUUCAAAGAGGAGGCAGGGUUCAAGCAUACAGUGAUGAGGAGGGUAAUCCAAUUGGACCAGCCAGAGUGUGGAAAUCUGAUGAAGAUGUGCCUGGGCUGGCCAUGUCUCGAAGUUUUGGGGAUUACGUUGCUAGUUUAGUUGGAGUGAUAUGCGAACCAGAAAUAAUAAAGCAUUAAUUGUUGCCCACGGACAAGUUCAUAAUAGUGGCUUCGGAUGGCAUUUGGGAAUUUUUGUCUAACGAAUGGGUUAUUGAGACUGUAUAUGAAUUCUACAAGAAGGGGGAUUGCAUAGGAGCUUGUAAUAAGUUGGUACAAGCAGCCAAAGAGGCAUGGCAGGUGGAGGAUGAAGUCAUUGAUGACAUUACUGUCAUUAUAGCAUUUUUGAAAUGA